CAAUGUAGAAAUUAUUAAUCUUAGUCCUGUUACUAGUUUCAAGAUAAGUAAAUUGUUAAGAGCCAACACCAUAAUCUACUGAAAAUAGAGGUAUCUAUAGUUCUAUUUAAGUAUUUCAAUGCGUAUUCAUUAUUGUUUUUGUGUUAAUAGUGAUUAUGAUAAUCCGUGCUAUAAUUAAUAGAAGACGACAAAUAAUAUUGGUGGGAUUGGUAGAGGAAGUUCCACCUUAAAAUAUUGUUGUUAUUAAUUAAAUUCCAGCAAAUCCAAACUAGUCUUCUGCUCCUGCUUAAAAUCAAUAAUUUUAUGAGUUGGCUAAAUAAUCAUAAUUGAAUUAGAUCCUGCCAUAACAAUAAUAAUAAUAACUUCCUCCUUAAUAUCCUCCAUAAAUGAAUUAAAACUAUACUUAAUAACCAAUUCAAUAUCAAUAGAAUAUGUAAUGUUAUUCAGAAAAUACAAUUUAUCUUCAAUAAGGUAUACCAAUAAGUUAACCUUAAGGAUAACCAAAAUGA